UUAAAUCUGAAAGUGCAUCCUUCCUCAUCACAACUGAUACAGAUGGUUCUGGAGAUGGCACAACUGACUUAACUGAAGACUCAGUCUUCACUACAACUGUUUUCCCUUCAAAGUUGAGUUCAGAGUCACCAUCAGUUACUGCAUCACAGGAAUCCAAAACAGGUGCUUCUUCCUCGGCCACUGUUACAAUUGCUUCAUCACUUUACAGUACUGACAAUCCAACUUCAUUGUCAUCUAAAACACAAGAGACUGUUACCAUGAGUCAGACAGAGGAAGAUUCAGUGAAUCCUGAAAAGAGUUCUGCCUCCCCAACAACUGAUGCAUCAAUCAAAGACACUGCAUCUCCUUCUGUUUCAUCGCUGUUCAGCACAGAGACGCCAACAGGACUGCCAGUUAGGGACCAAGACAGUGCUGUCACUGAUCAGACUGCAAAGCCCUCGGAUCAGGAUGAUGGUUUUUCUUCCACCACUGCAACACAGGGAGAAGGAUCAGGUGACCAAACUCCAGACAUGUUCACUUCAUCCUCCUUUGUCCCUGAUACAUCGUCUUUAUUCAGCACUGUGUCCCCAACAGCACAAUCUCCUCAAACAAAAGAAAGUCUUGGAACAGAUCAGACAAAAUUACCAUCACUUUCAGCAGAACCGCCAGUUUCUACAGUCCCUGAUGAGGUAAUAAGCUCAAGAACAGUGGCACCAAGUUUGCCUUCUUUCAUAUCAUCAACCAUUCAGGGUAUUGAUGAUGACGAUAUUGUCAGUGAAGUUACAAUGGUUGAGUCUAGUCCGCCCAUCAUAGCAUCAACAAUUAAAUCUGAAACAUCAUCCUUCCUCAUCACAACUGAUACAGAUAGUUCUGGAGAUGGCACAACUGACUUUACUGAAGACUCAGUCUUCACUACAACUGUUUCCCCUUCAAACCUGAGUUCAGGGUCUACAUCAGUUACUGCAUCACAGGAAUCCAAAACAGGUGCUUCUUCAUCAGCCACUGUUACAAUUGCUUCAUCACUUUACAGUACUGACAAACCAACAUCAUUAUCAUCUAAAACACAAGCGACCGUUACCAUGAGUCAGACAGAGGGUGAUUCAGUGACGCCUGAAAAGAGUUCUGCCUCCCCAACAACUGAUGGAGAAAGUUCAAGUGAACAGACAACUAAUGCAUCAGUCAAAGACACUGCAUCUCCUUCUGUUUCAUCGCUGUUCAGCACAGAGAAGCCAACAGCACUGCCAGUUAGGGACCAAGGCAGUGCUGUCACUGAUCAGACUACAAAGCCUUCAUAUCAGACUGAUGAUUUUUCCUCCACCACUGCAACACAGGGAGAAGGAUCUGGUGACCAAACACCAGAAAUGUUCACUUCAUCCUCUUUUGUCCCUGAUCCAUCAUCUUCAUUUAGCACUCUGACCCCAACAGCACCAUCACCUGGAUCAAUAGAACAUCUUGCAACAGAUCAGACAACAAUAUCAUCACCUUCAGGAGAACCACUGGAUUCUACAGUCUUUGAUGAGUCAUUGAGGAGCCAGAUAACAAUGACUGCAACUGCAGCUCCGGCUGCUUCAUCACUCAGCACGGAGAAGACUACAGGAUUGUCUGGUGUUGCCACUUUCCCUGUUUCCACACAAAGUACAAAGUGCACUGCUACUGUCACAAGUAUUCCCUCUACAUUUGGAACUUUACAACCCUUGGCAAUCCCCAGUGUCACCUUAGUGGAUACACCUACUUUCAUUGACAUGGAGGCCUCUGGCUCUGGUGCAGAAGAUUUGGAGUCAAGUACAGAUGGUUCCGGUGAAGAGUUACCAGCUGAAAGUACCGCACAACCCCAGGGUGGAUUUAGAUUUGUAACAGAUGAGACUGAAAAAGAUGAGCCCGAGAGUCCAUCUGAUAUCUUAAGUACUGCAUCCUCAAAUUACUCAAGCACAGGUACUAUUGAAGGAUUGUCAUCAACCCAAAAUCCACACAUGACAGGCACUGACAUUUACAUCAGUAAGGAGACUUUUAUGGAGGAUAAGACUUCAAGUGAUGGCUUAUUUGAUGUUUCUACUACAUUUGUACCAGUAACAAGUCCACCUCUGAUGUCCAUUACUGUAGAAACUACCAUGCAAACCGCAGUGCCUGUCAGUGAUGUUGCUGCCCCAGAGGAGCAAAUGAAAAAUGCAUCAGUUGACAAUGCCAAUGCACAAGCACUCACUGGUACUCCAGCUUCUUCUCUAUAUAGCACAGAAAAGACUACAGCAAUGUUUCUAGAAAUCCACACAUCAACAGCUCUAAGCAGUUCAGCUGAUAUAUUCUCUGAGACAUCUUCAGUGUUACCAUCAGCUGUUGACAACACAGGGAUUCCAGAUACUGAAAGGAGUACAGCAUCUCCAUCGUUCAGUGUCGAGACACCUUUAACACCAAUAACGUCUGUCACAGUGAAGCCAAAUUUCACAACAUUAACUGUCAUACCUGCCCAGCCAACAGGCACAUUACUUACAACUGAUAAAUCAACUACUUUGACAGACGAGGAGGCUUCUGGUGACCAAACCACUGUGAUAUUUACUUCAAACCCAUCAGUGAUUAAGAGUGUUACAUUUGGUGAAGCAACAGGUGAAACUGAAACCCUUAUUUCAGUCACACCAGACUUUCAUGAACAGGUUUCCUCACAGGUGUCUGAAAUCACUUCUGGUACCUUCAUCAUGUCUGAAACAACUCAGCCACCUGCAUUAAGUCCUGGGAAGGUUGAAGGGUCUGUAGGUGAACAUAUAACGCAGACCUUAACAUCUUUGUCCUCUCAUACAACUGAAGACUCAGCUAGUGAUCACUCUACAUCUGACUUCACCACGCUUAGCUCUCGCAGUGAAAAGCCAGAUGAACUCACACCAAUGUCCACUCCAAUUCCCUCCAUUAUAUAUCAGAGCAUUACAGACCAACAGGUCGUGAUAAUCACUCCCAGUAGCAGCAAACCCAAGACUGACCUAACUGAACAAACCCCUACCAUGGUCUUGCAUAUGUCUAAACCAUCGACCAGCACAGCCGUCAUAUUCACAGAGGAUGCCACAGAUGAAGAGGAGCUGUUCUCUGCAGUUACAGAUGGUAUGAGUGAAGGCAUCACCAUUCCUAGGCUCAUCACCAAAGACGAAAUUAUCAUUGAUGCAGAUACUAUCUCCAUUGUACCCUCUCAAGAUCACCCAACCAUCCAGACAGAAGAAGCUGGAGGCGUCACAGCAAUUACAAUGACACAAACACUGGAGAGAACAGUAGAACCAGAGGGUUCAGGAAGUGAUAGUGCCACCUUUUUCACCACUUCACCUAUAUCAUUUGUUUCAACAUCCUCUGAAUAUUCACAGCCCACUUCGAAUACAUCAGCUGUGGAACCCGUUUCUACUACUGAGACAUCAAGUGAAGAGAUGGUCACAUCAUCACUACAUUCUAUUUCAGUUACCACUCUGUCCACAAAGUCAGGCUUUGAGGAAGCAAAUGAUUUAACUACACCACAUACAGUUUUCCCUAGCGAGACUCAUACAACCACAAAUACUGACAUUACAGAUAAAACCUUAAGUUCCUCCUUUUCCGCUUCAGUCCCUGUUACACCUGUGUCAAUUGAACCUGGAACAGUUGAAACAUCCAGUGGAGAAUCUGAUGAUAAUUACACUGGUACUGAUCACUCCAAGGAAGGCUCUGGGAUGGCUACAUCAUGGACUAAUUUAGCUGUUACUGUGAGUGAAUCAGCAGUAACUGAAAAACUAGUGACAUCUACAGCGUCCUCACUGUUCAGCACUGAGAAACCCACUGUUGCACCUGACACGAUAGAUAUGGACGCAACACUCCGGUCUGGUGUAACAGCCACAUCACUGGAAGAUAGAACUCAAUUACCAAGCCAAGCACCUUUAACUAAAGAAGUUUCAACUGAUAAUCAGGGGAGCUCAAAUGAAGACAGUGAAGUCCAGGGAACCUCAACUCUUGCUGUAAUAACUUCUGAUGAAAUAGAAGUUUCUAGGGGGGCUUUUGAUGCUACAUCUAUAACUCCAGAACCUAGAGCUGAAAAGUCCACAGAACCUGAAGAAGAAACAGCAGUUGUUGAGUCAAGCUCAGCAUAUCCAUCAGAAAGUUCAAGUGAACAAGCUCAGGAAUCAGCAGUUACCAAGCAAACACAACAUACUAUGUCCUCUACUGUCUCGUCACUGUUCAGCCCUGAGACUCCAUUGGUGGCCUCCAUAUUAGUUUCCACCGAUAAAAACACUUCAUCAUCUGAGAAUGAGGAAAUCUCUGUAUCACCAGAAGCAAGUAUUAUUCCAGAGGAUGGUUCAAGUGAUGAGACAUCAAGUAUCUUUGAUUCCGACUCUGUCACUCCAUCGAUUUCAUCACAGUCUGGUACAGUUAAGAUUGAUAGCAUCACCCGAACUGAUCGGCUAGCCCCAUCUACAUAUGGUCAAACCACAGAUGUGAAGUCAGCUAAGACCUUAUUCAGUGAACCAUAUACAACACAACACCCUGCUGAGACCAGUGCCAAGUCAACAGUGAUGCCAACUUCUUUUGAGUCAGGAUCAAUGAGCUCUGAACAUGAAGACACCCAAAGUUCAGACCAAACUAGUAUGGAUCUACCCACUGCUGUUACACAGAUUUCUACAAGCUCAGAGAGUAAAGUAGCAGUUGCCACAAGCCCAGUUGACCACAUUUCCUUUGAGCCUAGUCCAGCUGUCCUUUCCACAUUAGCACCAUCACAGCCUGAUGUUACUGUCCAAUUUGCUACAACAGUUUCCCCUGUACAACGCCUAACAACCCCCCAGGAAUCAUUUGAACAAGUGAAGUCAGAGAUCACACUAACUCACCGUCCCCACACCGAUCUUUCCUCAGUGUCACUGACCACAACUCAACCCAUUUUUGAAAGUCGGGAAACAAUCCAGACUACAACUCUCCCUGUUGUGUCUUUGGUGGCUGAAGCUGUAUCCUCCUCACUUGAAGAUGGGACAGUUAAACCGACUCUGGGCCAUGUUUCAAAUGGUUCAAAUUCACCCCUUGCCACAGUUAGCAGUACUGAAAGUAGUUCAGAAGAAGAGCCAACUCAGCAACCUAUAUUAGCUGGAGAUAUUGCUGUCAUGCCUUCGUCAUCAACUCCCAUUAGUCCAUCAUCUUCCUCUAGUUCUGAGAGCAGCUCAGAAGAAAGUGUGGCCGCAGAAAGCACUAGUAAUGAGUUUGAGAACAUCACUGCUGAGCUUCCAUCAGCCCCAUCUAAAUCACCACAUGUCACUGGGACUGAAAGUAUCUCUGUCAAGCCUGACAGUGUGACAGCUGAGAUGAUGACAAAUAAUCCACAGAUUGACAGUACAGAGUCUCUGUCUCCUGACAAAAUCAAGACUGUAUUCAAGGCUGAUGCUACCUCAGCUCCAAAGGUGGAGUCAACUACUUUUGGGAACACCAAUGGGAAACAAGACCUUGAAGGAGAUGUCUCGCCUUACACUGAAAUGCCCACAAGAACCCAUGAGUCCACAACAGUGUUAGUGACUCAGGCACAAAGCCAGUCACCAUUAGUUCCAUCUGAGGCCACCUCCACAUCAUCCUUUUAUGACGAAGACCUGGACAUUGACUCAACUGCACGUCCAUCAUUUGUUGAGGUUAAACCACCGAUAAUAAGGGAGGAAGUCACCAUAAUGCCAGGUGGAAGACUCGAUUUGGGACCCACUGUUGUCGGUGAGGCUGUUGAAAUUGCAGGAACAUGUACUGAAGACAUUUGCCUGAAUGGAGGGACUUGCCACAAAGUUGGUUCUCUCCCUACUUGUAGCUGUGCUCCUGGAUACAGCGGCGCUCGCUGUGAGACAGAUGUUGAUGAGUGCCAGUCAAAUCCCUGCCGCAAUGGAGGCACAUGUGUUGACGGGCUGGCUUCCUUCACAUGUGUCUGCCUCCCAAGCUACUCCGGGCUGUUUUGUGAAGAGGACACAGAGGUGUGUGAAUAUGGCUGGCAUAAGUUCCAGGGCCACUGCUACAAGUACUUCCCCCACAGGAGAAACUGGGACACCGCAGAGAGAGAGUGUCGCAUGCAUGGGGCUCAUCUCACCAGCAUCAUCUCUCAUGAGGAGCAACUGUUUGUCAACCGUCUUGGACAGGAUUACCAGUGGAUCGGCCUGAAUGAUAAGAUGUUUGACAGCGACUUCCGCUGGACUGAUGGCAGCACCGUGCAAUAUGAAAACUGGAGGCCCAACCAGCCUGACAGCUUCUUCUCCUCCGGCGAGGACUGUGUGGUGAUGAUCUGGCACGAGGACGGUCAGUGGAACGACGUUCCUUGCAACUACCACCUCACGUUCACCUGCAAGAAGGGCACAGUGGCCUGCAGCCAGCCCCCUCUGGUGGAGAACGCGCGAACCUUUGGUCAAAAGCGCGAGCGGUACGAGAUCAACACGCUGGUGAGGUACCAGUGUCGCACAGGCUUCAUCCAGAGACACAUCCCGACUAUACGCUGCCGCGGCGACGGACAUUGGGACGUCCCUAAAAUCACCUGCAUGAACCCAUCAAGCUAUCAAAGGCCCUUCGUCAGACGACAUCAGCACAAAAGUCUCUACAGCGUGAACAACUUCAAACGGCCGGAGGAGGCCAUUAACUUUCGCCAUCAGCGCUACCGGGGGAGGAGGGACAGGACUGAACACAGGCAGAGGAGACAGUGAUUGGCGUAUAUAUAUACAUGAAUAUAUAACAUGGCCGAUGCUUGUGUGGAAAGAGGAAAGAUCAUUUCCUCUCAAAGAACUCAAAGACACCAAGAGGAUAACCUGCAGUCUUCUUGCGUGUGGGACGACGACGACGGAAUCUCGUGAAGUGCCUGUUUUUUUUUUUCAGAGAUGUUGACCGACAACGUUUUCCUACCAACGGGCAGCGUUUUCAUAAUCGCUGCCAUCGCGGAUGAAACACUUUCAGCUGGCUACUGGAAAAGCAAAGAGAGAGAGAGAAAAAAAAAUAAAAUAAAAAUCUCAGAUUAUUUUUUUUUGCUUUUUUAAAAACUGUGGACAUUUCUCAAUUUCUUCCUAUACAUUCAUGACUGUUGUGUAAAAACCGACUGUGCUAUUUCAAAUUACCACAAGUGAUCCUUAACAAAAAAAAAAAAACACAAAAAAAAACAAUGCUCUUGUGAAAUUAUAGCGCUUAUGUUAUGUAAAGAAGUCAAAUAAUAUGGGUGUGCUGUUUUUAACCUUUGACUUCUCGGAUCAAAAUGGCAUCAGUGGAGUAUUUUAUCACUUUUAAAGUCUGCUGUCAACUUUAAUCAUCAGAUGUGCAUAUAUAUAAGAAAAGAAUCAUAUUCUGAUGGUGUCAUAGUGGUAGUUAUUCAGAUUCCAUGUGAUCAGUUCAGAUUUAAAGACCGCCUUUCAUCGCCUUUGUCAUCAAUGUUUCUUUUUUUACCUCCAAAACUGAUUUUUUUAACUCGAUUUUUCUCAUUUAAGUGCCCAUCAAAACAUCCUUUAACCACGGAUCAAUAUUCAUUCAUUGAACCAAUAUUUUCUGCUCUCCACUUUCCCUCAACUGUUGCUGCUGUGCCGUAGCUCGUCGUUUGUUUUGUUUUUUUUUCCCUUCUGCACACUUAUUUCUACUGUUGUUGUUUUUUAAACUUUUCUAGUCAAAAUCAGCCAUUGAGAGAAUGUAUUUUGUGAAACACUCAAAUAGACUUGAACGUGGUAAAGGCUGUGUAAGCAGAGAGACAGGGAGAGGGAGAGAGAGAGACAUAUAAUUUAUUUUCAAGCUGCUCAUGAUGACUUGUUAAUAAGAUAUGAAGCUGUUGUCCAGCCCAGCAGUGCUUCUUCAUAUAUUAUUAUUAUUAUUAUUAUUAUUAUUCUAUGUUCAACAGGAGACCAGCGACGAUCUAAAUGAGUCACAUUUAAGAUAAUAUGAGCAAUUUAUAUGUUUGUUUUUUUCUUUUAAUGCCAACAUCAGUGGACCAAAGAAAAAUGGAGGGGGCCCCAUUGGCUGCAAUAAUGUUAUACCAAAAAAAAAUGUUUGUACAUGUGGAUGGUUGUGUGUGUCUACUGCCA